AUGAUUGCUGCUGCUGUUGAGGCUCUUGCCAACCAGUCGCCAUUGCUGUCUGAUCCUAAUGGCGGGCUUCUUCCUGAUGUGACUGAUAUUAUGGAGAUUUCUGCUCAUGUUGCUACUGCAGUUGUUCUGGAAGCUGUUAAACAAGGAUUGGCUGAGGUUCUCAAUGAGACCAGACCAGGUACAGACGAUAAGGUCAGUAUUCCCACUGACUUUGACGAGUGUUUGCAAUGGGUUAAGGCCCAGAUGUGGAGACCUGAGUACAGACCAUUGCGUCUUGUCGAGGAGAAGGAGCCAAGAACGGUUUGA